AUGACAAUCCAAUUCCCAAUAAUGUCAUUCGACUAUUUCCAGCCAAGCCCAGCCAAGAAAUUCAUCUCCUUGACCAAACACCCUCGGGCGACUAGCGAGAAAAUCAACACCAUCUUUGACGAGCUCAAGCCCCUUCAGCCAGAUGACUUAAUCGGUGAAUGGGACGGAUAUAUCCUUGCCACCGGGCAUCCAUUCGAAGACGAACUGGACGCACUCAAUUGGUUCGGCAAUACAUUUUAUUCCGCAGAGGACGUAGCGCCGCUGAUUGUUGCGCGGAAUGGGGAGCGGGUGCCAUUCGAGGAUUGGGGGCGUGCAUCCUUACGUGAAAUCAAAUACCACGGUGUUGUCUCUGCGGCUUUGGUAUACGAUGAGCGACCGAUGAUGGCCUAUUAUCGAGCUGUGAAGCAUAACAUGGUGGCGGGGUGUAUUGAGAGUAAAGAGUGGCAGGGGAAGGUCUAUUUCUAUUUGACGAGAUGA